ACGGUAACCAUAGAGACCGACCAGGCGUCACCGCCUUCUAUCCGUAGCGCGUUCAGAGCGUCCCUCCGUUCGGAGUUUUUCAAGUCAACACGAGCUGAAUUUAAAUAACCGAAGGAAAGAGACCUGGUUUAGGAGGAUGUCGACCAAAAGUGGGAUGACUGUGAGCUUCGUCGUUUCCAAGCGGGGACUCAGGGACUGAGGGUCUGAUCUCCCGUGGGCCGACAUGGCCGAGGAGGACUGGGUGCUGGAGAGUAUUGUUGGCUAUUUGGGGAGUCCGGAGUGGGUGAUUCCUGUCUCGGACUUCAUGGAGAUCAACUGCUCAGUUUUUGACGAUGAAGACGAGAACAAAUUGACCUACACGGAAAUCCACAAGCAGUUCAAGCAGCUGGUAGAGAAGCUGUUGGACAACCACAUGCAGGAGAUUGGCAUAAAUGAGCAGCAGUUUGUCGAAGCCUACACCUCUCCCUUCGCCAAGUCAAAAACUUUGCAGGUGGUUUUCCAGCCAGUCCUGGCCACCGAUGACUUCCAGAUGUUUCGCUCAUUGAUGGUCCAGAAAAACAUGGAGCUGCAGUUGCAGGCGCUUAGGGUUAUCAAGGAGAGACAUGGUGCUCUUCCAGAGUGUCUUACAGACGGUGCCGAUGUGAUGUCAGAGCUGGAGCAACAGGAGAUGACGAUUCUGCAGGAGGUUCUUAAAAAGUCAAAGGAGGAGUAUGACGAAGGGCUGUCUCAGAGGAGGGUCGGCUCCACCUCGGGUCCCUGUUCCGGCAGCAGGACUCCGGGGGAGGCCCCAACCCAGGACCUGGGCAGCAGCCGAGCCCAGGCCCCCAGAAGCCCCAGCAGUGGCAGAGCGGCCCUAAGAGAGGAAGCAGGGGUUCUGAACGAUCCUGAAGGGACCAGCGGCCCCACUGCCACCAAACAGCCCACAGCCUCCAAAGUGCUUCCAGUCGUCAGAGCACCGGUGAAGGGGGGCGAGCCCCCAGCAGACCCCUACCCCGGGUCCCAGGAGCAAGGCAACACUAAGCAGAGUUCUACGGAGCCAAGUCUGGACGAUGCGCGCAGGGAGGCGGGCAUCCCCAAGCCCUACACCGAGCUGUCCGAGUCCCAGCAGCAGCAGGUCCAGCAGAGGGCCCAGUACCUGCGGGAGCAGAGAGACAAGCUGCAGGCUCUGAAGCGGGGACAGCAGAAUGGCAGAAAGACGGCCAUUCCGGAGGAGAGAGCCCCUCACCCACCCCCAGCCCCCGUCACCCCGGAGGCAGUGGGCCAGAGGAACGGGGCUCCUAGCCCACCUCCCCCAGCACCACAUGCUCCCACCUCCAAACAGAAGGAGGUCUCUGCUGAGGAGAAGAAGAAACUCCAGAAGAGGAAGCACCUGGCUGAGAAGCUGAAAGAAGAAGUCAUUAAAAAAUGACACCCCCACAACACAAUCACUCUUCCUUCCUGCAAUAACAUGACUAUACACCCUACCCAUCAUGGCUUCCUCAAAAAUAAUCCUAUGACAGUCAUCAAAGCAAUACAAAACGCCAGAUGGGUCCAUGUAUAGAAGUAUGCACUUCUAUACUUCUCUUCUAUAGCAUGUAAUGAGUUCAUAUGGAUUAAUGUGUGCCCUCAUACCCCCAUCUUUUUAUUGUUCAUCACCAACACUUACCUUGCAUUCACUAGUCAUCUGCACUGCGAAAGAAAAUAAGGUAAAUAAGUCUUUGUUGGGGCCAAAAUAACAUUUCUACAAUUGUAUUUAUUCUGAAAAAAUAUAUAGAAUCUUCCUUUUGAAUCCUUUGUUGUAUGCCGUUUAAUAAAUCCACUUUUAUACCGAACACUGAGUUUCUCAGCUAUUGACCUGUGAAGUGAAAGGGGCAGUGGGGCUGGUUCUAAAUCUGCUUCUAUAUCGAAUUUCCUUCCGAAAAACGUAAUGUCAUUCUUUACAAAGUAACAAUUGCUAUCAAUUAGCAAACCCCUAUCCUUUUAUUUAGAGAAUUGUGUUCAAAUAUUUUAGUGAGAGGCUAAGAUAAGGACAUUAACUGCAGUUUACAAAGACGUUUAAACCUAGGCGACAAGUGUUAUCCCCGAAUCAUGUGAAAUGUUUUUUCUUUCACAACACACUGCCAGGAUCACAUUUAAUUUGCAAAAUUAGAUAAAAAAUUAAAAUACAUACAAAUGUUAACAAUGGAUUGUAGCUAAAUUAAAUGGGGUUGAAGAACUUAAAACAUGGCAGAAACUAGACGUAUGAACAUAUGGGGUGUACGAAGCAUCUGUGUUGAUGCAGCUACACCCCUUCUAUUCUUGAUUCCCACAUUCUCAUCAAUACACCCUUCUCAUGAUGUAGCUGUGGAGACAUGGAAUGUGUCACUUUUUGACAUUGUCAGAAGUCUACGAUUACCCAAUAGGAAUGUUUCAAAUAAAAUACUACUCAGAAAUCUCAAUUACAUCCAGCGAGGGGAAUAAAAUGCAGUUUGCCAAAACUGCUGUAUCACGAUCGUCUUAAAAAGUUCAUUAUAAAUCUAAUUAAAAUAAUCCGUUAAGGCCGACCAGAGGGGUCAUGAUGGCAGAGAAAGCAGAGGCGUCAGGGAGAUGGUCCCUGUACUACAACCAGGUUGGAAUCUAAAGGGAAUCCAUUACCGUACAAACCAAGCAUGCACUAAAGUAAGGGGCCUUCAUCUUGUCUUUCAAAAAAAAAGGUGCUCUGAUUUUACCUUCACAACUCCAGUCGUCCUCAAAGGGUUGGUUGCAAUAAAUGACUUUACUGCAGUUGAAAUACAUACUUUUAAAACCAGCAUUUGCAACUUGUUUUUCAUUGUACAAUAAAUCAAACCAAUGGAUUAAAAAGGAUAAACUGAGCCCAACCGUUUGUGCAACCACAAAAAGAAAAAUGAAUUACACCAGCAGGUAGGUAAAUCUCUCCCCUUUUAAAAAUCACAUCAGGGGUAAAUGGUUAAAAAUAAGACAAAAUAAACAAUUCUGUACAGUACUUAAGAAAUUCAUGAAAUACAAGAUUUCUUGCUAACGCAGUCUGGUGUCAGAACAUGGUUUUGUAUGCAACUUGACCAGUCACCCUGGCUUCAAACAGUAGAGUCCUGCUCCUCUAAUGCCUUGUGUUGGCUGUAUUUGUAAUGUAUGAUCCUGUCCUAUAGCGUUUGGCUUCCGUUUUCUACGUAG